AUUGGUGCAAAAGUGCUGUUUUGUUUUCGUCGAAAAUUAAAUAUUACCAUUUUAUUUUUAGCGUGCAUUCAGCCUACAUUCUCGAGCUCUAAUGAACGAAUCUGAUAGUGAAGAUUUUGUUACUGUUAAGUUACUAUUUUUCGCUAAAGCACGAGAUCUCGCUGGUGUAGAUUCCACUUCGUUGGUUCUGAAACGUCGAAUAUCUGCAUCUGAAAUUUCGGAACAGAUCUGCUUAAACUACAAUUUAGAUUCUAUUAAAAAUAAUUUUAUAAUUGCAAUCAAUGAGGCAUAUUGUGAAAAUUUGUUGGAAAGUUUAGAACUGCGCGAAGGUGACGAAAUCGCAAUUAUCCCACCCAUUAGUGGGGGCUAGCAGCACAAUGGCAAAUUUUUUACUGAUAACCCGAGAGCCUCUUGACGUGGGUGCGAUAAGCACUUUGGUAUCGCAUGAGAAGUGUGGUGCGAUUUCGUUAUUUGUAGGAACUACUCGGAAUUCUUUUGAAGGUAAAACGGUAUGUUCGCUGGAGUAUGAAGCUUAUGAACCAAUGGCUUAUAAAGAACUACAAAAUAUAUGUGCAGAACUACGUUCACGUUGGCAGGAUAUAAUGAAUAUUGCAAUGUACCAUCGUCUCGGUUUAGUUGCGCCCAAAGAAGCAAGUGUCGUUGUAGCAAUCUCAUCGCCUCAUAGACAGGCUUCUUUAGACGCAGUAGCAUAUGCAAUUGAACAAUUAAAGAAAAAAGUGCCCAUUUGGAAAAAGGAAAUGUAUGACAAUGGAGAUUCAGAUUGGAAGGAAAAUAAAGAGUGUCAGUGGGUUGAGUGACUUAUGUGUAAUGUUAAA